CAGUGAGGGAUGUGCAAAUACAGUUUUGUUUUGUUUUCCCAGUUUGUUAUUUUUUUUAAUUGUAAAAAAGUUUUUCUUUGCAAGAGUCUCAGGUUGCCCCAAGGCCCUGUGUCUGUUUUGGAGGUCAGAUAGCAUAUAGCUGCUUUUAGGCUCCACUUUUUGUUACCCUGCUUGUGGAAACCUCCAGGGUGGAGUGUCUCUCAGAAGGACAGAAGCAGCUGUGCAAAAGCCUGAGAGGUGGUGGUUUGUUUCUAAGGGGCCGAAGGAGCACUCCUGAGCCUUUGUCGUUGUUCUUGUUGUUUAGGGUGGACAAAGCAGAAGACAGAGUUAAACUGUGUACUUGGAGAGAGAGAGAGAGAAUGGCUUUCUAGUCACAGCUUUUGAAAGAGAGGUGAAACUCCUUUCAAAUGGACGGAAAGAGAUGACGCUUCAGCUGUGCCAGCUCUGAGGAUGGAGAGCUUGAAAUGGCGAGGUCUUUUGGAAAUUAUGUGAGUGACUGCCUCAUGUUGUGUUGAUGCCGGUCUGCCAUGCUAGCCUGUCUACCAGGGCCAGGUGACCUGUCCUUUCAGCUUCUUUCUCACACGCAGAUGAACACUGGACUUCAGAAAUGGGACACUACACAGAAAAUGAGAACUGCUCACUACCCCACCCCAGCCGAAUUGGACGCGUAUGCUAAGAAGGUCGCAAACAACCCACUGACUAUAAAAAUCUUCCCCAACAGUGUGAAGGUUCCCCAGCGGAAACACGUUCGUCGUACUGUGAACGGCCUGGACACAUCGGCCCAGCGCUACAGCCCCUACCCGACUCAGGCCGCCACCAGGGCAGGCCUGCUGGCCAUUGUCAAAGUGCCAGCCAAAAGCGUACUCAAGGACUUUGACGGCACCCGAGCCCGGUUGCUCCCCGAGGCCAUCAUGAACCCCCCAGUGGCGCCCUAUGCCACUGUGGCACCCAGCACUUUAGCCCACCCCCAAGCCCAGGCUCUGGCCCGCCAGCAGGCCCUGCAGCACGCACAGACCCUGGCCCAUGCCCCUCCCCAGACGCUGCAGCACCCUCAGGGUAUCCCGCCACCCCAGGCGCUGUCCCACCCCCAGAGCCUCCAACAGCCUCAGGGCCUGGGGCACCCUCAGCCCAUGGCCCAGACCCAGGGCUUGGUCCACCCUCAGGCCCUGUCUCACCAGGGUCUCCAGCACCCCCCCACUCCCUUGCUGCAUGGAGGCCGGAAGAUGCCAGACUCAGAUGCCCCCCCGAAUGUGACCGUGUCUACCUCAACUAUCCCCCUUUCCAUGGCGGCCACCCUGCAGCACAGCCAGCCCCCGGACCUGAGCAGCAUCGUGCACCAGAUCAACCAGUUUUGCCAGACGCGGGCGGGCGUCAGCACUACCUCAGUGUGUGAGGGCCAGAUCGCCAACCCCAGCCCCAUUAGCCGCAGCCUGCUCAUCAAUGCAAGCACUCGGGUGUCGACCCACAGCGUCCCCACACCAAUGCCUUCAUGUGUGGUCAAUCCCAUGGAGCACACCCACGCGGCCAGCGCCGCGCUGCCGGCUGCGGGCCCCGUCAACCUGCCCGCGGGCCUCGCGCGCGCCCCCGCUGGCUACCCUAGCGACCUCAAGCCAGUCGCCUGGAACCAGCACCAGCUGGCCCACCUGCAGCAGAUGUGCAGUGAGGCCGGUGGGACGCCGGCCCCUGGCCUGACAGGCAAGCAUACGGCAGGACGCGAGUUGGCAGGGCCUGGCUUGGUGGGCAAGGCCCCUGCCUACCCGCAGGAACUCUGCCUGGCACAGUCUUUCCAUCUGAAGCCACCCCUGGAGAAGCCAACCCCAUCCCCACCCGUCAACGGCCUGGCCGCCCCACUGGCCUACCCCAAUGGUCACUACUUCCAACCCCUGUGGAACAACAUUCUGCCCACUCCCAAUAGCGACAGCUCGGGGUCUCAGGACCUCGCCGGGCCGUUCCACGCUGGGCAGCCCGCGGGCGCACCCCUCGACUGUGCGGCGGUGGCUGCUGGGGCGCACUUCCGGGCAGGGACCGGGGGCGGUCCGGUGGCAAGCCAGAACAGCUUGAUACAAACGGUGGAUUACCUAAGUGGGGAUUUCCAGCAGGCCUGCUUCCGAGAACAGAGCCUGGCCAUGCUGAGCAAGGCCCACCGAGCCCCUGGCAACCGAGCCCCUGACCCCACAGAUAGUCGAAGUCUUCAUAUUCAGCACCCAGGGUACAGAUAGGGAGCCCUGGUGCCCCCCACAAAUCCCACGUCAUACAUCACCCUCCUAGGUUUAGUCUUACUUUUGAGUAAUGGAUAGUUUCAAAGUUUCACUGCUCCAACGUGAUCAUUCUUAGAUGUCUAAGGGAAUUGAGUGGGAUCUAAUUGAGGACAGAGGGGGGGUCCUCUUCGCCCUCAUCUUGCCCUGUACCAGCCCCAGCAGCUUUUGGGUUUAUGUUGGGACCUAAUCUCAACUCCCGGCUUGACUCUCCAUUGCCUGCUUAUCAGUCCAGUCCCUGCCCCCUCUCCGCCCCGACCAUUUCCCACCAGCCUCUUCAUCUUUACCUGCACCUCUCACUGUUGCCCUUAGGACUGAGGUAGGGGCUAAGGGAAGGGUCCCGUAGGCGAGGUAGUAGUCAGCAUCCAGCCGCCUGAGCUAGGCGUCUUCCUGUCUGUCUGUCUCUUGCUGGGACUAAGAAGCCAGACUUCCCAAGUGCUCUGGGAGCCGAUUUCUUACUUACUCAAAGACCUCAAAUCAAAACUGACCCGGUCUGCAUCUCCUCCCAGCCCUUCCCCAUUCCUCAAGGCUUUGUUUUACACCUGCAUUGAACCCAGAGCCACUGCACUUGUCCUUGCCACACUCCUCAAGGGCAUCCUGCAAGCAUGUGGCUGUGGCCUUGAGACAUGGCAGGGGGGUGCGGAACCUGCCUUUGUAUUGAUACCUUGGUUCCUAAUUCCCUUUCCAUCAGUAGAGAAAUGCCAGGACCGUCUGGCAUAUCCAAGACCUUCCUCACUGUUUCUCUCCUGAGUCACCUGCUGCCCUCACGCCCCACUCCCCCCUCACAAACAGAACAAACAAAAAGCCAGUCUUACUUGAGGAAUUAGGUAGUAGGUGUGGGAUGAUCACAUUGGAGUUUGGAAUUAAAAAACACUGAAAAAAAAAAAAGUUAAACUGCAUUUGGUUCUCUACACUGGCUAAGAAUAUUGCUCUACACUGUAAGUUUUAAGCGUCCUGUUUCUGUAUGAAUGUAGCGUGGGUUUGAGUAGCAAUGUGUGUGAGCGGCCCCACAGGUGCAUUCACUGUCUAGUCACCUUUCGCAGCCCCUGUUUAAUGAAGAAAGAAAAACACAAAGCCUUAAGCUCUUUGAAUUCUCCUUUACCAAAUGAGCAUGGUUCUAACAGCUGGAGAUGGGCCCCUAUUGGAAACAGCCCCUCCUGCCCCUCGCCCGCCCUCAUCCGCCCUCACCCACUCCAUGCUCGAGUGUCUGUCCCCCGGCAACAGUUGGCUAGAAAUUUUAAACUUUUCUGUAACUUAGAUUGUUUUGUUGUAAUGUUUUGCACCCUUCUGUUAAAGACACAUAGUUGGGCUGUUGUUUUUUUUUUUUUUUCCUUUAAACCAAAUAAGCCCUACCCUUUCCUCUUGUCUCUGGGGAAUGUGAGCUGAUGUUAUUUAAGAUUCUUGGUUUUGUUUACUAUACUAUCCACUGUUCUUUAGCCAGAAAUUCUCUAGUGAUCUGAAGCAAUGUGACUGAAGACCAGUUUUUAAAUUACUUGUUGGCAAGUUGCCUUAUAUUUAAAAAGAGAAAAAACAAGGAAAAAGAAUGCCUGAUUGUGUUAUGCCAAAUGAUAGCAACAUGGAGCCCUAACUUAUUGUCCCCAUUGCUUUGCUGCCGUCUGUAGACACUGGUACCUCCCUUUCCUGAGCCCCCAGGAGCACCAGCAGCCUCUGGUGCGAUGCCUUCUCCCAGUGUGUUGGCCACCAUCUCACCCAGGGGCCCGUUCCAGUUCUCGCUUCUCUUGAGUUAAAUUCUCUGAAAGGACACCACUGUCUCAGCUUAUCCCCUGCUUGAUCUCCAAACCAGAUACUUUUGCUCUAAUUUUUUUCCAAUGCCUCUCUCCCCAAAAGGUGAGCUGCCAUUUUAGGAAAUUGGACCAGACACCAACUUGGGAGCUUAAAAAUCAAACCUCAAACCCAUCUCUUCCUGUGUAGGGGUGCAUCUGAAGCUCUCACUCCCACCCCUAGUCUGCAUGGAAAAUGUACUGUGACCCCCCCUGCCCCCCACUACCCUCGCCUUUGGUGGGAGAUGUUUCCUAGUUCACCCUGAGCCCCUCUUCCCCCUUGCCAGCCAACCCCCAACCAGCAAUAAAGGUCCAUGCCAGGGCCUCCUAUCCACACCCGCGCCUCCAUUCCACACUACCCCUAGAAAAUAAUCUGGGUCUCCUGCCGUCCACAUACUGUAGCAUUCAUUCUCCAUCUCCCUCAUCCUCUCACCUGUGGUGGUUUAUGGGUGUGAUGGGGUUUUUAAGAUUAUUAUAAACCAGUAAAAAAAAAAAAAGAACUCA